ACACCUGUACAACGUGCUGGACCGCCACAUUUUAUUAUGUUUCACACUAUUUUAUUAAUCUUCGCUGCCAAUCUGACAUCUCAGGGGUGGCAGCUGCCAUUAUAACCUCUAAUAACUUUGCUUGUUAAUUUGAACAUUCUUAGACACAGUCUAAACUUGCCAGUGACUCAAAAUUGUGCAACAGGUCGUUAGUUCGCUGGCAAACGUACAGAUAACACAGCAAAAGUAAUCACUGGAUUCUUUAGGACGAGUUUCACGGCUUCGUGUGUUUAGUACUAAAUGUUCAGAAAGUCUUGCACAACACGUAUUAAAAGUUAAAUUAACUGUCCAACAAAAAAAAAACAAAAAUUCUUAACCGCUAACAUCUCGCGUUAGUUAAAAGCUGUUCGUUGUUUCAAAAACGUGGCACUGACAGCGGUCAGCGUCCUACCUGUCAGUCCGAUUCACAGCUCACCCGUUGCCGACAUGUUUUAUUGUUUGUAGUCCGAGUUCACAGCAACAAAACAACAGCUGGGCAGCUGUAGCGUUCAGUCCUUCUCUAUCGCGGUCCCUCCCAGCUCCCCCCUCUCCUCUCCUCUCCCUCCUGCCUGCUCAGGACGAGUUCCCACAAGUUGCCCUCAACUCUCCUCCUCCCCGCCCCAGGCCCCGGUGCUGAAACGCCGCUAUCUGUCUGGCAUUCUUCGGAUACCGACACAAGGUCUCACUCUUUCUAUCAGCUUCUGCAGCAGCAGCUUUGUGUGUGUGUGUGUGUGUGUGUGUGUGUGUAUGUGAGUGUGAGAGAGAGAGAGAGAGAGAGAGAGAGAGAGAGAGAGAGAGAGGGUGCGUCAGAGGAAAAAGGAAGUUGCGGGAAAAAAGUUAAAAGCCUUCAACACAGUGCAGCUCUGCAGAACACCCACCACGGAAGAACAACAGAACAAGAGCGCCGAAGUCUGAAGAUGAAAUAAUGAAAGGAAGACAGGGAGGUUAACACCAGACAGAAGACAAAGAAGUGACAGGGGGAUCUAGUGAAGAAAACAAAGAUGGAGUUGUGGCGGCAGUGUGCGAUAUGGUUGAUCGACUGCCGAGUUCUUCCUGAGAAUCACAGGGUCACUCUGGAAGGUGCACAGGUGUGCGACCUGGCUCAGGCUCUGAGAGAUGGCGUGCUGCUCUGCCAGUUGCUCAACAACCUGCUGCCUCAGGCUGUCAACCUGAGAGAGAUCAACCUGCGCCCACAGAUGUCCCAGUUCUUGUGUUUAAAGAAUAUCCGGACGUUCCUGGGAGUUUGUCAAGACAAGUUUCAAAUGAAAAAGAAUGAACUAUUUGAAGCCUUUGACCUGUUUGAUGUUCGGGACUUUGGAAAGGUCAUAGAUACUUUGUCCAUCCUGUCUCAUUCACCCAUCGCUGUACAAAGAGGGUUACAGCCUUUUCCUUUAGAGGGAUGCCUUGCAGAUGAUGAAAUCUACAGCGGCCUGUCUGACCAGAUAGAUGAUACAGUGGAUGAAGAUGAUGACUUGUACGACUUUGUGGAGGACGAGGAGAACGAAGGAGAUGAGAUCUACGAAGACUUGAUGAGGACAAAUGAACCGCCUGAAACUCAGCAAAAGAUCGGUGUGGACAAGAGAGAGUGCUGCCUGCAGGAGAUCAGACAGACGGAAGAGAAAUACUCAGAAACACUGCAAUCUAUACUACAGCACUUUAUGAAGCCUCUUCAAAAGUUUCUCCAGCAACAAGACAUUGAAAGUAUCUUCAUCAACGUAGAGGAAUUGGCUGACACCCAUUCUGCACUGCUAGAAGAAGUUCAGAACUCUAUUCUAAAUAAUGGAGCCAGGAAUCUCUUCCAGGUGUUUCUGAACUACAAGGAGAGGCUGUUACUGUACGGUCGUUACUGCAGUCAGGUGGAAGCAGCGACCAAACACCUUGACAAGCUUUCAAAUAUGAGGGAGGAUAUCAGGAUGAAACUGGAGGAGUGUUCAAAGAGAGCAAAUAGUGGGCGUUUUUCUCUUCGAGAUUUACUCAUGGUCCCCAUGCAGCGAGUCCUCAAAUAUCAUCUGCUAUUACAGGAGCUGGUAAAACACACCACGGACUCGACAGACAAGGAGAACCUGCGAACAGCUCUGGAUGCCAUGAGAGACCUGGCACAAAGUGUGAAUGAGGUGAAACGAGACAAUGAGAUCAUCAAACAAAUCACCACAUUUCAGCUGUCCAUAGAAAACAUGACUCAGUCUCUAGCUCUCUACGGUCGCCCCAAGAUUGACGGAGAGCUGAAGAUCUCCAGCACAGAGAAAAAAUCUAAACAGGACAGGUAUGCGUUCCUCUUCGAUAAAGCCGUGUUUAUUUGUAAGAAGAAGAGCGGAGAGACUUUUGAGCUGAAGGACAUCAUUGAGCUCCAGCACUACCAGAUCCGAGAUGAAACCACAGGAGAGAAGGACAAUAAAAAGUGGUCCUAUUUGUUCCUCUUGCUGGAUUGCUACGGGAGGUGUGGCUAUGAUUUAUUCUUCAAAACCAGAGAACUGAAGAAAAAAUGGCUGGAACAGUUUGAGAUGGCUCUGUCAAAUAUGUGUCCUGAGAACUCCACAGCGAAUAACCAUGACUUCCAGAUGCACUGUUUUGAGGAAACCACCUCCUGCAAAGCGUGCUCAAUGUUGUUGAGAGGGAUAUUUUUCCAGGGCUAUCGCUGCACUCGCUGCAAGAUGGCAGCGCAUAAAGAGUGUUUAGGCCGAGUACCUGCCUGUGGACGAAACUCAGAUCAUUCAGUUUCUACUAAAAAGAAUAAAGCUCACAGAUCCACCGGUCACGCCAGCACUGGCUAUCCUAAGAUGGAGGUAAAUCAGGAGUAUUAUGGCAUGCCGCCGCCUCCCGUGGGCUUCGGCCAGCCACUUCACCUCUCCAGAGGUGACAUCAUUGAGCUGACCCGCGCUGAGGCUGAACUGCCCUGGUGGGAGGGAAAAAAUCUGACUACUGGUCUAAUGGGAUGGUUCCCUUGCCAAAAGGUUCAGCCCUACGUCUCUGUGAGUACAAUCCAGCAGCCAAGGCCAACCCAAGACCUGUCUAGCUUCAACUGGUUCGCAGGAAACAUGGACCGCGCCGCCGCCAAAAACCUGUUAAUGUCCCGGUCCGAUGGUACCUUCCUCGUGCGGCAGAAAGAUGGAGGAGAGUUUGCUAUCAGCAUUAAGUUCAGCAUGGACAUCAGACACAUUAGGAUCACCUCUAGUGAAGGUCUCUUCCGCAUCAAUGACAAGAAGGCAUUCAAGGGUUUAAUAGAGAUGAUUCAAUAUUACCAGCAGAACUCAUUGAAAGAGUACUUUAAGGAUCUGGACACCACACUUUCUGUACCUUACAAACAACCAGAGCAAAGCAACUCCUUCAACAACACGCCCCAUUCCACACCAGGGUGCAGCAUGAGGAGCUUCGGCAUUGCAAGGGCCAGGUACGACUUCUCAGCCAGGGACCGCUCCGAGCUGUCACUGCGGGAAGGAGACACCAUCAAGAUCAUCUCCAAGAAGGGUCACAGUGGCUGGUGGAAAGGAGAGGUGUACGGCCGGGUGGGGCUAUUUCCAGCCAACUAUGUGGAGGAGGAUUACUCUGACUACUGCUGAUGUGCCUCUGGAUGUGAUGUGUAUACUCAUUCUGUGUGUGUAGGGAUUUAUGUGAGGGACUAGAUUAGCCCACAUGCAUGAGUGUGGUUUUAUGUAUGAAAGAGAUGCUGGUAGGUUCUGAGUGAGUUCAUGAGUGACUAAGUGAUGUGAA